UAAAACUGGUACUACAAAAAGAUUUUGAAUACUUUCAAAAUAGGUCAGUGGCGCAUUACGAACACGAUCCGAUUAUGUCGAACUUUAUGUUCCUGGCUAAAAAUCCACGGUGGAAAGCAGUACGAUCAAAACUCACUCCAGUUUUUUCCACCGGAAAAUUAAAACAAAUGUUUCCACAUAUCUUAAGAGAAGGUAAUCUUAUGGUGGAUUAUAUCAGCAAUUUCGAUAAUAUGCCUAGCAUUGAAUCCAAGGAAAUUUGUGCGAAAUUUUCGACUAAUGUUAUAGCAAGGUGUGCUUUUGCAAUAGAUGCUGGAUGCUUCAAUACAGAAAAUGCCGAAUUCAGAUGUCUUGGAAGGCAGUUGUUUAAUUUUCGGUGCUCGACUGCAUUUCGAUUGCAUACCGCUUUUCUAGCUCCAAAGCUAGCUACUGCACUUCACAUAUCAUUUUUCAAUCCUCGCGUUAUUAACAGAUUAUGCAGUAUAUUUGGAGAAAUUCUUUCAAGUAGAAUGUCUAAUCCAGAGUACAAAGGGAACGAUUUGGUUGAUAUAUUGAUCGAAGAAAGCAAAGGAAAGAAUGUAGAAUUUGGUAAGAAAAUCGAAUAAAAACGACAAAAUAUAAAAUAUCUACAUUCAAAGAAAGCGUUGAAAAUUGAUUGUCUAUUAUGGAAAAAUUAUAUUCGGAAUGUUUUGCAUUGGAGUAUGCAGAGGAAAAAUAUGUAUGUAUGCAGAGGAAAAACAUGCUACCUACAAUCAGUAAAAUAAAUUGAUUAGUAGAAAUGUU